CACUGUGACGACGUCGGACUGGGGCAUUCUUGUGAACGACGCCGGCUUCGCCACAUCAUGCACAAAGUCAAGCACACUAUCGUACGGAAUGAGCGCAAUGAUUCCGAAGCCUUCAAUGAGAGGACCUACGAUGACUACGAGUACUCUCCGGCCACAUUCUGCGACUCCACAGAGAGUUGGCGGUGGCUAGAUAGUGACCAGCUGGUGGCUGCCGGCGCCAGUGUCCGUGUAGCGAGUGCCAUGAAGGGAUCGGCCGCGGGGAGCGACGUCAAGACUACAGGAGCCCUACGGCAAUACGCCGCGGCAUGUUCAGCAUCGCUGAUGGUGAUGACGACGGGCGCCUGGCUAGGGUGGCCUUCGCCCGCCAUCAAGAAGCUCCUGGCUAACCAAACGGAGAUGGUCGUGAACCACGAACAGAUCUCCUGGGUUGUCUCCCUGAUGGACGCCGGGUCCGCCGUCAGCCCCAUCCCCGCCGGCUUCCUCAUGGACGUGAUCGGUCGCAAGGCCAUCCUACUCCUCACGGGCCUCCUGUUCGCUGUCACAUGGGUCAUGCCGCUGGUCAUGCAGACUCCACUCGUCCUCUACAUCGCUCGGUUCCUCGCCGGCAUGGGUAAGGGCGUGGCGUUCACCGUAGCGCCCAUGUACAUAGGCGAGAUAGCCAGCACGGGUAUCAGAGGAGCUCUCAGCACGAUGUUCGCCGGUCUGCUGUGGACUGGCACGAUGUUCGAGUUCGGCUUCGGACCCUUCAUCAGCUACAACGCCCUUCUCAUCUUGUCCUUUGUCAUGCCCGUUGCCUUCUUGGCCACCUUCAUCUUUAUGCCCGAGUCGCCUUACUACCUGGUGAUGAAGAGGCGGAACGAGGACGCGAGGAAAGCACUUAAGUGGUUAAGAAACUGCCCGAGCGUCCAACCGGGUGACGACAUAGACGCGAACCCAGUCGAACAAGAACUUAAAGACAUGAAGAAGAACGUCAGUGAAGAGAUGCAGAAUAAAGGAAGCUUCAAGGACCUGGUGACGUCCAGGAGCAACAGAAGGGCCGCCGUUAUCGUCUUGCUGGUGUCCAUGUUCCAGAGGACCUGCGGUAUCAGUCCCAUGCUGGCCUACUCUUCGGUCACCCUACCCGAAACCGGCACUUUCAUCGGCCCCAACCAGAUCAUCGUGGUCUUCGGCUUCAUCCUCACCUUCUCUAACUUCCUGGCCACCCCACUGGUCGACAGGCUGGGCAGGAAACCUCUCCUCAUAUUCUCGGGUGCCGGAUGCGGCAUAGUCACUUGCAUAUCCGCCAUAUUCUACUACGUGCACCACAAGACGGACAUCGACACAUCCUCCUUCCUGUGGGUUCCUUACGUCGGAAUCUGCUGCUUCGGUCUUACGCACUCCAUCGGCAUCGGCGGCAUCCCGCACACUCUCCUCUCCGAGCUGUUCCCGCAGAACGUAAAAUGCUACGCCGCCUCCAUAGCCUCCAUCACCUUCGCCCUAUCCUCCUUCGCCAUCAACAAGGUCUACAUCACAGUGUCCGCCAGCGUCGGCGUCUGGGCGAUGUUCACCUUCUUCGCCUUCAACGGACUCAUGUGUGCCCUCUUCUCCGCCUUCGUCGUGUUCGAGACCAAGGGCAAGACGUUCGCCGAGAUCCAGAGGAUACUGCACAAGCCCUGAGAUUGACCGACCACUCUCCUGGUACAGUCUGUCAGCGGCCACCGCUUCUGCUGUGGCCCAGGCCUCCACAUGCCAAAGAUCAGGAUAGCGCCGCCAGUAGACCCACUCACUGAUCGUAUAUUCCAAAAAAUGAUGCAUUUAUUCUUUACUAUCUCAAUCACAUGUAUUUGUUGCUCUAAAACCGUAUUUACUUAAUUUUUACUAUUUUAAAUCACAGUUUGUUCAAUUAUUAAUUUAUUCUCGAGUCUGUGUUAUUCGGCCUAAAUAGCCAUAUUUUAUUAUUUAUUUUAAUUUAUUGUUACAAUAAAACACAUUUUUAUUUUCAAACGCAUUUCUCUAGUACAAACGAGUAGUACAAACCAACGAUCGCAACAAUAUUAUAUAUUGUUAUGGUUAGAAAGGAACUAGUUUUUAACUAGAAUCAGUCAUAGACUUACGGUGAUCAUGUAUAUAUUGUACAAACUUGUGAUAAAGUGUUUGAAUAUA